CCCCAAAAAAUCACAUAUGAAACUUGUAGUGUGGUCUACCCAUGAUAUCCCACACCAACCCAUCUUUUAAACAUACAGAAAGAGAUACAAACACCUGCCUUGGAAUGCAUUUAUUUUGUUCCGGAUUGUUGGUGAGGUGGCCAUUCGGUCUCAUCAUGGUACUACAAUAAUGGAAGUAACCGUUAUGGAAGGAAAAAUUUUGGGGCGAUUCGGCUGAUUAGAAGAGAUCUGUUGUUCAACGGAUCUAUUGGCUCUGUAAAAGGAUAACAAUAGAGGUGGAUAAAGAUGACAUAGAUGCUGGAGCCCUAAAAUUCCUUGAUCGAUCUCCUUCAUAGCUGCACUCAUCCUAGGCACAACACUGGUAUCAGAGCUGUUUAAGCAACUGAAAGCUCCCCUGUGCCCUGCUGUCGGAGGAGAAAAUAGCAGCGACGGUUAACUGCUCAUGAAGCCUUGCUUGUGGAAAUUUUUUGCUGGAUAAGGGGGAAGUCCUGACCUCGCACCCACCAUGUCUGAAACAUCAAGAUCGCUGGAGUGAUCGACGCCGUCUGGUUUCAGCAACCGAUAUAUUCACCCAUGCCCCUGUGGUCAUUUGUUCUUCUUGGAGAUCAGCAACCGCUGCCGCACUUGAAGGCUCCUUGAACCCAUCAAGGAGAUCUAGAUGCAGAGAUCAGAUCUGAGUAAACAAUGUCAUAUUCGAGAGGCGGCGACGAUAUGGACGACUUCGACGAGUACGAUCCCACCAGCGGAGGUUAUGACCUUACUCUUACCGCCCGCCGGCCGGCCCCUUCGCCUUUCCACCUUAGACCUGCUACCCGAUCUCCUCCUCCCCUUGCUUGAGCUUCCUACCGCAAAUAAUAGCUGCGUCUCCAUCACCGAGGACGCCAUCAACCAGGCCGGCAAGGCUCUCCUGCUUGACCCAAGAGACGCCGCCGCUCAUUUCCUCAUAGUCUUAGCGCUCGAUAGCCACAAGUCUUCCGCCCUCAGAUCCCUUGACGUCGGAUCACUGCUGUUGCGCCAAUGAACGUAAUGAAGUUCGCCUUCUCUGUCGUCCGCUUCUAUUACAGAUCGAUUGCUCCGUCAAUGGAAAGGAUGCCACCGCCAACGCUGGUCUACAAUUAAGCUUUUUGGUUGUUUUGCGUGCUGGACUUGGACUCAAGUGGCAUUGCGACUCUUGCCUUUGAAAGAAGAAAAGGAAGCACCAUCCCUCCGUCCUCCCGAUGCCAAUACCGAUGCCGACAGUGGUAUCGUGCCCGAUGGUAAUCGUGACUACAUUCCCAGGAUUCUAAAUACCAGAGGCGAAUUGGACAAGUUGUUCAUUGGUAGCAUUAGGAGGCCGCUAUUUGAAGAUUCCACCAUAUCCGACAUCAGUGGCGUCAGUUUCGACAGUUUUAAAUGCCUUAGGAUGGGGGAUAAAAAGGCAAGGAAUUUCUUGGACUAAUUUUUUGAUUUGUUGGACAGCAUUAGUUUGGGCAUAGGACCAAGGUACUGGGUUCUUUUUUAGCAUGAGAUACAAAGGCUUAGCAAUUUGGCUAGGGAAGAAAAUCACGAACGUAAUUUAAAUUUCCCAGGAAUCUUUGUAACUAAGAUUUAUCGAGAAUUUGAUCCGAGAAUUUGUUACCAAAAGAAAUGGCACGAUCAAUGGGGGUUAAGGUGCCUUUUUCGAUUAGAUGUCCUAGGAAAAGGACUUUGGUGAGAAAAAAUUCCUUUUUUCGUUUUGAAAGGACAAGGCCAUUGGUUUUGAUAAUUUGGUAAAAUAUUCUGAGAUGUUUGAAAUGUUGUUCCACUGAAUCUGAAAAAACUAGAACGUCAUCUAUAUAGACAAUGGUAAAUUGGCCGUAGGAAUUGAAGAUGUCAUUCAUGAUUUUUUGAAAUUCGCUAGGAGCAUUUUUUAGGCCGAAUGGCAUGACAUUCCAUUCAUAGAGGCCAAAAGGGAUUGUGAAAGCAGUUUGUAUCAGUCUUUUUCAUGAAGCUGGAUCUUCCAGAAUCCAGAUUUCAUAUCAAAUUUUGAGAAGACUUUUGCGUGGUAAAUUCUUUGUAAAAAGCCCUUUUGAUUGGGAAUGGAUAACGAAUCCAUUGGAUUGCACCAUUUAGUUCUAGGUAUGGUAUUGCACCCAUCCUAGCUCUCGCUUUCUUGCCAGAUCGAGGUACGGUAUUGCACUUAUCUUGUUCUUCCUUACCAUACAGAACCAGGAGAACGACAUUUCCCUGGAUUUUGGUUUCGAUCAAUCCUGCUCUCUACACGGUGGUAGUGAUUUUGGUUUGUUUUGACAAUUUCUUAACUUUCUGUAAUUAUUUUAUUUCUUGUUUUGCGACGGUGUAUGUACCUUUGGACUGUUGGGAGGAGUGGCUGAAGAGUGUAAGACCACGUUUGUGUCCAACUUAUCUUGGAGAUACCCUUUCACAUAACUAGAUCUAGGAUGUUACCCAAAGCUUAAGACUCGGACACUAUGAAUCGUCUUUCCCUCUCCACGUCGAUGAGAUCGGCUAGUGAGGCGAGCAGAAGUUCUAAUGUGUUCAAUUAUGAUGAACAAAUCACUGAUAUUGACCAAAGACUUCAAAAUUGGUUCGACCCAAAAAUCUCACAAAAAGAAAUUUAUCAAAAUGAUUGGCUUGCCCAUUUUGAAACUAUCAAAACAGUCGAACAAACUAUAAAUUUCACUCAAGAUACCCAUGAAAUUACCCUCUUCAACCCUCAGUCUCUCCAAGACCUCAAAACCCACAAAUUUAAUUAUGUCCAUGUUGGUUUAGUCCAAGUGGCUAUCAAGCCCCUACACCGCGAAGGCCUUAACACUUCCAUACUUUUAGCCCUUCAUGACCAAAGAUUCCUUGACUUCAAUAAUUCCCUUCUGGAAGCCAUUGAAACUAGUCUUUGCUAUGGCCUUGUCCACUUUAAUGUUUACCCAAACAUGUCCAUAGCUCUCUAAGACCCAAAUAUUCUUCAUUCCCUAAAAAUUAACCUCAAAACCCAUGGUUAUCAGAUGAUACAUGGAUCUAUCCCGAUCGCUAUCAUUCACCGUAUAAAAUUCAAAGCCAUGAAAACCAUCAAACCCAGAGUGCUUAAACAGUCUCCUAAGGGUUCUGCUCUUUACCUUGAAACUGAUUGCGUUCAAGGACAAACCAUUUACCCUAAACUUGUUUAGUGGAAAUAUAUCUCUUUCCGUGCUGAAUGGCAGCUGCAAACGACAGCUCCUCAACCUCAAAUUUUAAAUACCAACAUCCAGUCCAUCUCGCAGGACUUAGAUGGCCUAGUUACCCUUCGGUUUAAUUGAAAAAUACAUCCCCAAAUCUACCAAAGCUCUCGGAGGUCAUGUUCCAGUGCCUGGAUCUCUUCAAACUAUUUUCCUAUCAGUUCUCCUCUGAGAACUCCACCUCCUCCUCCAAACCUUUUCGGCUUAAACUCAUCUGGACAAAAUGUUAUUCAUGGUACCUAUGAGACUUUGUCCUCUGUACCAGAUCUUUCCCAAUCUGAAACAAAAUCAUCCCCAAUCUCCGACCUUUUCAGAAGUGGCUCCACAUCCUUCUGACCCUGCUGUCCUUAUGCUUCAACUUAACAACGAAUUCUAGAUCAACAAACCUUUACUUAGAACAGAUUUCGAAUCCCAAAAAAAUAACCAAAAAUGAACUUGGUUUUUCUCAACAUUUGAUCUAGACCAACAAGCCCAAAUUCGUACAAACUGGUAUAACUUUAUGGAAAAACUUAAGACAAAUAUUUACUUCUUUACCUAUUUUGAUAUUUAUGCUCAGAAUAAUAAUAUAGAUUACCCUUAGCAUAACCAAAUCUCCACUCAAGCUGCUUCACACAAAUCCUGGACCCUUAGCGUUGGUCUGACAACCCCUGCUAUCCAUCCCCUAAUGGAUAGCAUCAAGCUUAUCUUUAAAAAUACAAAAAUCACUGCUUCUCCUUUCAAAACUGCUGACCAAAACGACUCAAAUAGAAAACUAAUUGAGCAAUCAAAUUUUACAAAUUUAAGUCUUCAAACCUUAGGCAACCAACUCUCCCGAGUUGAAUGCCUUGUCCAACCUCAACCGGUGUCAUCAUUACUAACAAUCCCUCUUCCUCCUUAAUCCCUCCUUUCAAACCAUAUAUUAUAUGACAAAAGCAACAAAGUCAACUUAAUAAAUCAUUUUUACUUGAUCAAAUUAACCAUCGUCUUGCAACCUUGAUUGCUUCCGAGACACCAACACAAAAUCAAUCCACUGCCGAAUCUGCUAAUCAUCAAAUUCUCACCCUUGAUGGAUAUUCCUCAGGUUCCUCAUCUAGUUCUAACUCUGAGGUCCCCCAGGUAAAUCAAAUUGGUCAAAGUUCAACUCAACACCCAGUCUUCCCUGACCUCUAAAUCGAAGCUAGGGGAAUUGCUCCUCAAGCUUCUUACAAAAGUGGAAUCAUCUAUGAAUGGAACAUAGAUGGUAUUUCCGAACAUAAUCUCAUGAAUAAACUCCAAGAAAUGACUAUGGUUAGUAACUCUCACCGUAUCAAAAAUACUGCUGACAGUGUUGUUGCUACUUUACUCAUUUCUGGUUUUGCCGGUCAGCUUAAAGGUUGGUGGGAUUAUAUUCUCACCGAAAAUCAAAAAACUGAAAUCCUAACUGCUAUUCAAACUACCUCUGAUGGUACACCCCUUCUUGACCUCGAAGGAGAUCCAGUUGAAGAUGUUAUUAAUACCCUUAUUUUCAACAUUGUAAAUUAUUUUCUUGGUAAUCAUUCCCUGCUCAAACACCGUACCGCCAAACAACUUUCAAAUCUUAGGUGUAAAAAACUACACGAUUUCAAAUGGUACAAAGACACCUUCUUAACCAAAGUUCUUACUAGACCAGAUGCCAAUCUCUUAUGUUGGAAAGAGAAAUUUCUCACUGGUCUCCCAACCCUUUUUUCCAAAAAAAUUAAAACUCUACGCAAAGAAAAUGAUGGGAUUAUUCCCUUUGAUCAAAUGACCUAUGGUCAAAUAAUUAAUCUAAUUUAUGAAGAAGGUUUAACCUUAUGUACUGAUAUUAGAUUAAGAAAACUAAUUAACAAAGAAAAUAAGUUUUAUAAACGUGAAUUUGGAGGUUUUUACGAACAAUUUGGCUUUGCUCCUCUAAAGCCUCCUUCUAAACAUAAACACAAGUCCUCUAAAAAAUUCUUCCAAUCCAAUCAGCAUAAGUCUCACAAACCUUUUACGACUCCUGUAUUUUACCAAAAGUCCACUAAAAUUCCAAACUAUCGAAAACCCAAGAAGCCUUUCAAAACAUCCAAAAAUUUUCUACCUUCAUCUCACUCCCAAAAUUGUUUUCAUUGUGGUAAACCAGGCCAUAUUGCAAAAUAUUGCCGUAUCUCCAAACGUAUUAAUUCUUUACAAAUUUCUGAUAGAGAUAAAACCCAAAUACUUGCCCUCUUUCGAGAAACAACUUCUUCAUCAUCUUCUGAUGAACAAAACUAUAACAACAAAAAUCUCAAAUUAAACCAAGUUCAAGCCUCUGAGCAUUCGGUUUCCUGCUCCAUUGAUAAUAACAAUUUCCAAGCCUGUGCUUGUAAUUCUUGUAUUAUUGGUCUUAGCUGCAAAGAUUGUGCUCCCAAAUCUGUUCGUAUGCUUAGGGCCUCUCCCCAAACAAAUAUUUUUUAAUAUAUAGACAACUUAACAGAUCCAGAACACAAAAGAGCCUACCUUGAACACCUCAAACAAAACCUUACCUCUCAAAAUUCUCCCCAACCAUACAAUCCACAAAAAAAUUAUGCAAAAGUUUGAUAAGCUUCAACAAUCUUCCUCUCUUGACUAUUCUUCCCGUAUACAAACCUUUGAAACUACUACUGUCACAUUGUAGUAUGAAAACCAUCAAACAACAACUAUCCCUCUUAUCUCGUCCCCCAAAUCCACACGUCUCUUCUCCAAACAUUGCGUCUGUCCCAGCUGAAUCAUUCACAAAUCCCUUUUCAAAUCAAGAAAUAUCUUUUGGUUUUGUUAACACCAUUUCUAGUCAAAACAGGUAUAUCCACAUUACCCUUGUGGUAAACUCCUCUUUCAAACUCUCUACCAUUGUCCUUGUUCACUCAGGUGCCCAACUUAACUACAUCAAUGAAGGAGUAAUUCCAACCCAGUACUAUGAACGUUCUACCCAGCGGCUUACUACUGCAAACAGGUCUGGGUUAAAUGUCCAAUACAAAUUAUCUAACACCCACAUUUGUAACAAUGGGUUCUGCCUUCCCCAGACUUUUCUCCUUGCCAAAGACCUUGACCAAACUAUAAUCCUAGGACAACCUUUCCUUGGAAUGAUCAAACCUUUCAAACUUACCCAAAAAUCUAUAACUACAAAUUUCAAGGAUAAAAAAUUAUUUUUCCAUUCUUACAUGCUCAAAAUUCUAUUCCUCCGCAUACCGCUAAAACCAGACUACUAAAUUUCCUCCAAACUGAACUUGCUCACCAACAACUUUCUGAUCAAUUAUCUCAUCCCAAAACUAUCCAACAACUAAAAUAGCUUCGUUCCAAAUUUGAACAUGGACUUUGCUCUGAGGUUCCUGAUGCCUUUUGGCAUAGUAAAAAACAUUUGGUUUCUCUUCCAUAUACCAAAGAUUUCUCUGACCUUCAAAUCCCUACUAAAGCUCGACCUGCUCAAAUGAACCAAACACUUUUAGAAACUUGCAAACUAGAAAUUAAUGACCUUCUUACCAAAAAAACUUAUUAGACCCAGUACCUCCCCCUGGAGUUGUACUGCCUUUUAUAUUAACAAGGCUUCUGAAAUUGAAAGAGGCACCUCUCGAUUGGUCGUUAAUUACAAACCUCUUAACGAUGCCCUCCAAUGGAUUCGUUAUCCCAUUCCCAGCCAAAAGGACCUUUUACAAAGAAUUUACCACGCAAAAGUCUUCUUAAAAUUUGAUAUGAAAUCUGGAUUCUAGGAAAUCCAGCUUCAUGAAAAAGACCGAUACAAAACUGCAUUAACAACCCCUUUUGGCCUCUAUGAAUGGAAUGUCAUGCCAUUCGGCCUCAAAAAUGCUCCUAGUGAAUUUCAAAAAAUCAUGAGCAACAUCUUCAAUUCCUACGACCAAUUUACCAUUGUCUAUAUAGAUGGCAUUCUAGUUUUUUCAGAUUCGGUGGAACAACAUUUCAAACAUCUCAUAAUAUUUUACCAAAUUAUCAAAACCAAUGGAAUUUUUUCUCACCAAAGUCUGUUUCCUAGGACAUCUAAUCAAAAAAGGCACCUUAACCCCCAUUGAUCCUGCCAUUUUUUUUGGUAACAAAUUCCCCGAUCAAAUUCUCGAUAAAUCCCAGUUACAAAGAUUCCUGGGAAGUUUAAAUUACGUUCGUGAUUUUCUUCCCCAAAUUAGCCAAAUUGCUAAAGCCUUUGUAUCUUAGGCUUAAGAAGAACCCGGUACCUUGGUCCUCUGCCCAAACUAAUGCUAUCCAACAAAUCAAAAAAUUAGCCUAAGAAAUUCCUUGCCUUUUUAUCCCCCAUCUUGAGGCAUUUAAAAUUGUCGAAACUGACGCCUCUGAUGUCGGAUAUGGCGGCAUCCUCAAACAGCGGCCUUCUAAUGCUACCAACGAACAACUUGUCCAAUUCGCCUCUGGUAUUUGGAAUCCCGCACAAAAGAACUAUAGUACUAUCAAAAAGAAAAUUUUAUCUAUAGUCCUCUGCAUUCAAAAAUUUCAAAAUGCAUUAUUAAGCAAACCAUUUUUUGUUCUUGUCGACUGUAGUGCUACAAAAUUUGUCUUACAAAAUAAUAUUUCAAAUCUUGCCUCAAAGCAAAUUUUUUCUUGCUGGCAAGCUUUACUUUCUAUUUUUGAAUUUCAAAUUGAAUAUAUUAAAGGAGAAUCAAAUUCAGUCCCUGACUUUCUUACUCGUGAAUUCCUACAGAGCCAAACUCCAAAACUAAACGUUAUUAAAAUGGCUCCUCCCAAAGAAUCCACGGCCUCUAAUUCCCAGGUUCGUUCCAAAUCCAGCUAUGACACCUCUGCUCCCCAAAAUCAAACGGUUACCCAAACAUCUCACCUGACUUCCUCAAACCUUCCUUAUUCCCAUGCCGUUAUCCUCUCUUCGGCCCCUACAAACCUAGUUCUAGCCUCCAAACCACCCAAGUAAAACCACUUCAAACGGCCCACGGGAAGCUCAAAAGCCAAUAUUUUGAAAAGCCUCUCAAAGAAGAUCUCUUUACUAUCGAAGAUGUCCUCCAAAAUUAUGUUGAGUCUCCCUCAACAUUGCUCAAAGAAUCUUCUUCCAAGGAUGGCAUUUUUAUUGUCCUUCCAUAGCAAAAAUCGAAGAAUUCUACGAAUACAUUCUCGUAGACACUAACUCCGUCAGACUCAAACUCUACUUUGACAAAAAUUAUCUAUCUUUGGUUACACACACAACUGCAGCCAUCUGCAAACUUCUUUCCCUCAAAGAUUGGAAUAACCACCCCCUCACAUCAAAAAAACUUCUCAAAUACCUAUACUCCUAUAGGUUACACCUAUUAUGACUACCAGGAGGCAUGAUACAAAGCCUUCCUUUUUCAAAACAAGACCUACCGGCAUUCCUAGUUUUUCUAUUUUGAUUACAUAUUUAAUAACCAAACUCCUCUCUGGUUUGCCCGGUGUUGGGAUCAAUAUGGCCAUAUGGUCGAUAUUCUUCCUUCCCAACUUCACGAACCACUCCAAAUCUUCUGCCAACACUCACAACCAUAACCUCACCAACCUGAUCUCCUGCGAUUUUUUCUCCACUGCCGCCUGGCCUGGAUCCUUUUCUGAGAUUAUGAGAUCACUGACUUCUAAACCCAAGAUUGGGUUGCCCCAAUUCUCUCUCGCGUCUUUUAUGUCAAAUGGUGGAAUAUCCAAAAGCCUCACUGGCCUUAAACCUGUUUCGACCCUCCCGGCCUCGUCAAA